UGCUUUGGUUUCUCUGAUUCCCUCAGACUGUUGUUUGUAGUGCAAAUACCAUAGUAGAAUCAAGCAGGGUAAGCAAAAAAGUGCAGGUGGAAGAUGGGCUUGACUUCAUAUCUGUGGAGUGCAGUGCCAUUUGUGGCAAUGAUAACAGUGGAGUGCACAGAUGUGGGUCUAUCAGUAAUAAGCAAAGCAGCCUUGACAAGAGGAAUGAGCAAUUUUGUUCCAGUUGUAUACUCUAAUGCCCUUGGUACCUUGAUUCUUCUCCCAUAUUUUAUCUUCUUCAGAAAGAAAGAAGCUCCUCUAUCUUUCUCAAUGCUUAGGAUGUUUUUCCUUCUUGCCUUAAUAGGGAGCGUGGGGCAGAUGAUAUAUCUUACUGGUGUCAAAUUCAGUUCCCCUACUCUUUCAUCAGCUAUCAUGAAUCUCACCCCUAUUUUCACUUUCUUGCUUGCAAUCAUGUUCAGGAUGGAAAAGGUAGAUUUCGGAAGAUCAAGCAGUCAAGCCAAAGUCUUGGGAGCUAUUGUGUCAGUAACAGGAGCAUUGGCGGUUACUCUAUAUAAGGGCCCUCCAGUCCUGGCGGCCACAUCAUCUUCUAACUUUCUUCAUCAGUUUCUUCUCUCUAAGGAUUCUAGGUGGAUUAUUGGGGGGUUUCUUCUUCUAUUGACUAGCUUGUCAUCUGCAACAUGGACUAUUUUCCAGACUGCUGCAGUUAAGGCUUAUCCUGAUGAAAUGACAAUCGUAUUCUUCUUCACUUUCUUUAUAACUGUCCAAGCUACAGUUUUCGCUCUCAUUUUGGAACGAAAUCCAGCUGCCUGGAGACUGAAAUCUAGCGUUGAAGUGAUAGCCAUUGUGUCAACGGCAAUACUUGGGAGUUUGUUCCGGAUUGCCAUUCAUACAUGGUGCUUGCGCAAGAAGGGCCCUGUAUAUGUAGUCAUGUUCAAACCCUUGGGAAUCGCCAUUGCAGUAGUUAUGACAGUCACAUUUCUUGGGGAAAUCCUUCAUCUUGGCAGUGUGGUUGGAUCUGUUAUAAUUACUGUUGGGUUUUAUGGUGUGAUGUGGGGAAAAACGAAAGAGAAGAACAUGGGCUUGCAAAAUGAAAACUCUACCACGGAGUCUUCUGGUCCAAAGACUCCUCUUCUGCAGAGCAGUGAAAUAGUAUGAAGUUUAUAAUGUUUUUCUGGAAAGGAGGAAUCUUUCUGAUGAUUUUAUAUGUACUUGUUUUGGCUAUUUUCAUAAUCACCAAUUGUAUUUAUACCUUCUUGACAUUGAAAUGGCACUAUCAUUGAAGUAAUUAUAUCCAUUAGGUUUUAUGGUGUUAUAUAGGAAAAAGAGGAAGAAGAAACAGUGGUGGAUAAC